GACAAGUCAUUCGAAAAUGUUUUGACAUAUAAUUUCAUCAAUAUUCACAAUAUCUGUCUCUAUUUUCACAAUAUUAGGAAAAAUAUGAUUUAAAUAGAACAUAACCCAACUCCAGCUUAUAAACUGAUUUAUAUUUGUGCUUUCAAUACCAUAUACUUACAACAUUUCACCAUGAAUAGAAAAACUAAAAAAAAUAACAUGAAAACAAGAAGCUUACUGGUCGCUUCCGAAGACAAGCUGCUCAAUGAAACGGAUUCGGACCUUUCUUUAUCGUCCAAUGAUCAGCCCUUCAAGAACCAGGCUUUGGUGAUGGACGUGCAUGGGGUGGAGAAGGAUGAGCUACCUGACAAUCCACUUCCUGAGGUGAAAACUCGAAAGCUCUUAAAGAAGAAACGGCCCAAACCUGAUCUAGAUCAGGAUCCGAACGCAGGCGACCUUACCAGCAGUUCUGAGGGCUCCGUGGUUCUGCCAGUGACGGAGAAACAGGAAGAGUUCUUUGAUGCCCAUGAAACCUUAACUAUUCAAGAUAACCAAACAACUGCAACACUCAAUCGUCUAAACGUCACAUCAAAACAAACGGACAAUCCCGAAGCCAAACUAGCCACACCGCAUGUCCCACAGGACAAACCAGUACCAGAGAUUACGGCAGUCUCAGUGGCUACCACGGUGGCCGUUGCUAAACAAGACACUGGGAGCGGGCGGACGCCUCUGACGAGCGCUAAACCUAUUCGGGCAAGCAAUCCAGAGUGAUUCUACGACAGAGAUCGAAACUAGAGACAGGUCCACAAAAA